UAAAUAAUUUUUACUCUAAAUUAAACAAAACUUGUCACAAAAAAAGGAGUCUGGAAAACCUUAAUUUGGAGUCAAAUUUAACAUUCAACGUUCUGCUUCAAUUUUAGGAAGAAAAAUUGAAAAAUUAAAUUAUUAAAAUCAGUGACCUUGACCUUUGACGAGUGACUUUGAAGCACAAUUUUAUUUGGUAGAUUGCAAUGAGACAAACUCAACCAUAAUUCCAUCAUACGACCACUUGAAACUGAAUUAUAAAGUCUGCUUUCAUUUAUAUUUUUGAAAAAUUUCAUGUACACCCGUAAUUAUUGGCAAUUUUGAAAAACAAUUUUGAGAGCAUGGUUUAAAACUCACGAAGAUUAAGCCAUGGAAUUCCCACGUCGUUAACUUCAUUUUAGAGAGAAGCUGGUCCACCGUGCGCGCGAGUGUGCAAAAGCCGUGUCCGAGGAUUGUUCGGCGAGCAGUUAUUUUUGCACACAUAUGAGCACAACACGAGUACCGAUGGCGGCAGAGCAUCCGGUUGCUUCUGUUCUUGAGGCCGAUUUGCUGGAAAAAGAAACACAAUGUGGUGUGGGAUUUUUCCGUUAUCCGUGGCUGCAAAAAUUUGCCAGCACGAAGACCUACAUGUUGGUCUACGGCCUUAUAGGUUGCGCGCAACACGCCCUGGGCGCUUUUUUUGUGGGCACCAUCAGUACAAUGGAAAAACGCUUCCAAAUCCCAAGCGCCUACUCCGGGUUGAUUAAUUGUGCUUGGGACAUCGGAGGAUUAGUCGCCAAUCUGCCUCUCACUUACUGGGGCAGGGCAGGUCAUAAACCUCGAUGGGUCGCGUGGGGAACCGCCGUUGUUGGACUCUCUUGCUUCAUACGUCUCAUUCCUCACUGGCUCUAUGGACCCGGCGACACUGCCCUUUCACUCACCAGAGAGUUUGGAAAUGAGUUUCAAUCACUCAAUGCUUCGGGCACCUCAGGGCCCAAGGUGACGCUUUGUGGAAACAACCACGUAGAAUUUGAGGAUUGCGAACAUGCCAGUUCAGGCAACAUUUCCGCCUUAAUUUUCCUUGCUUCGAAUCUUCUUCAGGGCGUAGGAGGUGCCGUUUACUACACGCUCGGCAUUUCCUAUUUGGACGACAACGCCAAGAAAAACAAAUCACCUGUUCUUAUCGCCGUAAGUCAAUGUUUGGGUAUGAUCGGCCCUACUUUCGGAUUCAUGUUGUCAUCAUACGCUUUAAAAAUGUAUGUUGACCCUCUCUUGACCCCCGUCAUUACUACAGAAGACACUCGCUGGAUUGGAGCAUGGUGGUUCGGGUGGGCGCCGUUUGGCAUAAUAUGCCUCCUUUUUGCGUCGUUGAUGGCCAUGUUUCCUCGAAGCCUUCCGCGGGCCACGCAGCGUAGUAUGGCUGCUGCAUCCGCGGCCGGACGUUCUUAUGACCCCCUUAAAAAGGUUGAACAAUCAUUUUCAGAUUUCAAAGCAGCAAUUUUGCGAUUGAUGAAGAACAAGGUGCUAUUUUGCAAUAAUAUGAGCAGCGUUUUCUUUGCCUUUGGCUUGAUUGGCCAGUGGAGCUUCAUGCCCAAAUACAUGGAGACGCAGUUCCACCAGUCGGCCUCCACGGCUAGUUUUAUAAGCGGUUCUGUUGGACUUUUAUGCACCGGAGCCGGUGUGCUGGUUUCUGCGUUGACCAUUUACAAAUUUAAACCAAACGCCCGAAUUCUGGCCUGCUGGAAUGUGAUUACCGAAUUUGUUGACUUCUUUGGAUUUAUUGUAAUAAUUUUUAUUGGGUGCGAAACUUUCAAUUUGCAAGGAACGCCUGAAUUAGAUGGAACACUAAAUUUAGGGGUCGAUUGCAAUGCAAACUGCUCGUGUCUUGAUUCCCUCCGAUACUCACCAGUUUGUCAUAUUCCUUCGAAAACCACAUUUUUCUCACCGUGUCAUGCAGGGUGUCAGGAUGCGAGUUGGAAUGAAGAAAACUCGUUGUUAAAAGUUUUCACAAAUUGUACGUGCGUAGAGGGAGGUGGUCCCAUAGUGGACGGUACGUGUCCUGUUGACUGCAAUCGCGCUUUUAUGUUUUUCAUUAUCAUCCAAUGCGUUCAGCGAUUUCUUGCCGCCACCGGUAGAGCAGGAAACACUUUAAUCCACUUCAGGUGCGUCGACCCUGAGGAUAAGCCCCUAUCGAUUGCGUUAGCCGAAUUUCUUCUAUGCGUUUUCGCUUUCAUCCCUGGACCAAUUGUGUUCGGAUAUUUGAUUGAUCUAUCUUGCCUUGUGUGGGGCCAAACGUGCGGCAAACCAGGAAACUGUUGGAUAUAUGAUGUGCAAAGAUUACGAUAUUUGGUCAACAUUCCAAUAGUUGGUCUCCUAUUUUUUGGCUCACUGUGGGAUGUUGGCGUCUGGCAUUACGUGAAAGGCCUCCAGCUUUAUGACGAGGAAGAAGGGGAAAAGAAGGAAUCUCAAAAUGUAGAUACCUGACCAUUGAGGAGGGAAAUAUGAAUAUGUGACCUGGAGUUUUGUUUUGAAAAAAGAAAAACUUACAAGCUUUUAAUAAAUGAAAAUGA